CAAAAAAUGGUGUUAAAAUUUUAUUUUCCCUAUGUACCCCGUGGUUAAUUUCUGGGAAAAUGUUUGUUUGACACCAAGUUUUGACACAAAUUUGACACCGUCCAGGUGUCAAAUUGUUAUUGGCUCAAAUUUUAUUUACUGGGACGUUACUUUUACGAAACUGGCAGGGGCAGAAGUGGAAUAACAGGGUUUGAUUUUCAUUUUGCAAGUGGCAGUUUCGUGAACGUUUGAAGAGCACUUUCGAACGCUUUCGACUUUCGCCUCCUCUCAACCUCUUCGUCCACCAUUGCUGCGUUCUCUGUGCUUUCUUUCUCCACCACCAUCUAAACAGCGUUCUGUGUGCGUCAACAGUUGCGAACAGCAGCGGGUGAGUUUCGAACAACAGCGGGUCCUCUCAACGCCUUCUCUGUCCAUUGCUUCGUUCUCUCCAUUGCUCGCUUCGUUUCAUUUUGUCUCUACCACGGAAAGGCGACGAUUGACAAGGUAGGGUCGUAUUUUCGCAUUGGGGUUUUUGGUUUGGGUGGUGGUCAUGUUUCUGUGGUCAUUUGGUGCCAUUGUCGAUUUUUGGUGCUUUGGGUUUCUAUAAAUGAUUUUGCUUCUCAUUAUAAUGUGGGUGUUGAGGGCUUAAUUUUUUUUUUGUAAACCCUAACAAACUAUUGCUAUUUGACCUAUUUCAGUGGGAAUGGCUUCGUCAAUCCCAAAUUGGAGGGUUCGUACUUGUUUGGAUACAUCUUAUAUCAUUGCAAUGAAUAAUCUGUUGAGAGAAGAUCAUGUUCUACGAAUUUGUGACACACCUUUCAGGUGGUGUGUGUAUCUACGUGAAAAGGUGGACAUAAACUGUGAGUUAAUUAAGGUGAUGGUUUGUCGGUGGGCCGGCCAUGACGUUAGCUUUAGAGUGAGUCAUGAACUGGUUCCAUUUACCGUUUUAGAUGUUUUCAUGACGACUGGUUUUGGUAUAGGUGGUUUAGAAGUACCGUUUGAUGAAUGUAUAGAGGGUUUGGUUGGAGAAAUGUUUAACAGAAAAAGCACGUCUUUGACUGACUUGGUUGAAGUGUUUAAUGUCAUUGUUGUAGACAAAAACACUGACAUUGACGUUGUUUGUAGGUUGUAUAUAUUUGUUUGUUUGGUUGUGUUUUUCUUUCCUAGAAAGUCUAAGGUAGUAGCUAACAUUCCAUCAAGAGUGUUAGAUGACCUAGACAGCCUCUGUUUAUACGAUUGGGCNACUGGUGUACAUAAACACCUAGUUGAUAAUUUGAAUAAAGGCAUGAAGAAAUUAAUGGCUGGACAAAUCCGCAGUUCGCUAAGUCUAAGUGGNAAUCUUGCGGUAUUGCAGGCCUGGGCUGUGGAGAGAUUUUCCCUUGAUGGAAAUCCAAUUAAUAGGGAUUUCCCUCGGAUGCUCCGUUGGUUCCGGUAUAAGGCACGGACGUUCGAAAUAAUUGACGAUAUAUUUCGGACUGCUAAAUUUAAGUCNGAGUGGUAUGUGGGGGAACGUGUCCGUGACCUGCCUGAAAUAAAAGCUGCAUUUUAGUUGUUCGAUGGAGGGGUAGGCGUAUCGCAGAUUCCAAAACGAUGUAGAGUUGAUGAAGCUUUAGAUGAAGCUUUAGAUGAUAGCUCCGAUGGUGGCACCUUUGAAGCAAACCUUGAGGAGACAUUGAAGAAGAAUAAUGAAGAAAUGAUGGCGUUGUCUUCAAGGCUAGUUUUUUUGAAGAAUGAGGUAUGUAAAAUUCGUGACAUUCGAAUUGUUAAUGAAGAAGGUCAUGGAGGACUUGAUGAAGAGGUUUUAGGUGAACAAGGUGUUGGAGGAGAUGAUGAAGAAGCUUUAGGUGAAGAACCUUUAGUGGAAGGAGGUGUGGGGGGAGUUGAUGAAGAACCUUUAGUUGAGGAAGGUGUUGGAGUUGUUGAUGAAGAAGGUUUAGAUGAGGAAGGUGUUGGAGUUGUUGAUGAAGAUCCUUGUGGUGGUGAAGAAGUUGCUGGAGGAGUUCAUGAAGAACCUUUAGGUGCAGGUGUUGGAGGAGUUCAUCAAGAACCUUUAGGUGGAGCUUCCAAUGAAGAACCUGUGGCUGAACUUGAAGAAGAAGUUCAAAAGGUUGUUGAAAUUGUUGAACUUGUUGAAUAUGAACAACCGCAUGCACCGCAACUAAUUGCAAUCGAACCUCUGCGUGCAGUUGCUGGUGAUCCAAGGCCUAGCGUCAAUGCUGAGCAAUUGUACAUCGCCGUUAGCGUAAAGGAUAGACCACACAGGAUCGUCUGUGAAAUAAUUGGGCAGUCAUUGAGCACAACAUCUAUUCAAACCUUAGGUCCUUGCGAACUGGUUGAUAACAUGUUAGUGCUAUUUGCAACCACUGUAUUUAUGCACUUUGAGAAAAGGAGGACGGGGGUUGUGAAGAGGAUCCUUUUUAGUUCGUUAUAUGCGGACCUUAUAAUUGCUGAUUAUUUGAAGAAGGACAAAAACCGUCGUGUGUUUAGUGCCCAUAAUUACAGCAGUUGUUUGCGUGCGGGACACUUUAGCCUUGCAGACAUUCCAACAGCUGACUUUCUGUUUCUUCCUUUUUGCCAUAAUUAUCAUUGGUGGUGNUAUGUUGUAAGAAUUAGCACAUUGGAAUUAUAUAUUAUUGAUUCUAUGGCGAAGGGCGUAAGAGACCGCAGAAGGAUUGACAUUCAUGUGGCUGCAAACCUGGCCACAUUUUUUUGCAUGUUGUACAACAAACCGGAAGGGAGUAUUGCUCCUUUGAGUUUUGUACAAACAAAAAUUCCUUCCCAGCCCAACCUACAUGACUGUGGAGUUAUAAUGUUACAAGCUAUGGAACUAUGGGAUGGACAAGAUAAAUUCAAUGGCAGUAGCAUGCCACAGUACUCAAACGAAGAUCUGCGUGCAAUAAGAAAGCGAUACGCAACUGAAUGGAUCCUGGACGAGGACAACAUAAGAAUAAUGGAUGCACUAGACGUCUUUGGAAUGUUGUAGUGUAGUUGUUAAGUGUACAAAUGUAUAUGGACACAAUUGAAUUUUGUUGUUAUGUACUUUGUAUAUGCAGACAGUUAACAUCUUCUUAUUCCAAUAGGAUUGUUUAUGACAUCUGAAGGUCUGUACAUAUUUUUAUUUGAAUAAGAAUAAUUAUUUCAA